CUCCCCUCCAAGUGCAGAUACAAAGCCCGCCUCACGCCCACACAAAACCCACCACCCAGCCCUCCGGCACCCACGCGCGCGUAUUCCCACCACCACCCGGCCUGAGCUUCCGCGAUCGACGCUGGUUAGUUAGUUAGCCUGUGUGCGCCGAGGAGGAGAGUUCUUACCUUGCCUUACUACUUACUUACUAUCACUUCUAACACUUGGAGCACCUUCUUACCUUUAUCUUACUUCAUCCGACUAUAACUGUUACUGUUGUUGUUGUUCUUGAGCAGGAAGGACUACGGGAUAUAUAUCUCCGCGCGACGAUUCUAUUGUCUGCGAUUCUACUGUUGGGAGAGAAGGGCAGUACAGGGAGUUACCACUACUGAGGCCUUUGUGCGAGGGUUUGUUAAUCUAUACGCCACGCCACCACGCUGAACACACGGGGUAAACCACGCAUCAGCGCAGUACACAACAUCAAGUCGAGUCUGAAUCUGAGACGAACGAGGCGCGCAGACAGAGAGAGAGACGGACGCCCAAAACGCCCAGCCAGCCAAAACAGAGGAAACCCACAGCGCACACACGCACACACGCACGCCCGCAGAUCCGGUUUUCACUUCCCACCCAGCCCAGCGCCCGAGUGGACAGGUGAACAGGAACGAACGAGAGCACCAGGGCUGAGUUGAGUGGCGAGGGUUUGAGAGGCUUGGGAUUUGGACUUGGACUUGGAGAGUGUGAUAGGAUAGGAGGGUGUAUAUAGGGUGGAGGAUUUGUGUAUACGACCCGCGAUAACGAGGAAGAACGGACUGGAUUGUGGAUUGUGGUGUUGAAAACGACGACGAAGAAAGGAAGGGAAGGAAGGUUGUAGAUUUGAUCACUACGACGUGGACGAUAAGAAGAAAGGAAGGAAGAAAGGAAGAAGGAGGACGUUUUUGACUACCAGACGACGAAGGGCUGCAGACGCACGACGACGACGAUAGAACCGCUUUUCUCCUCCCCGACACUGCGCGACUCCACGAGAACCAUCUACUUCGUCACCUGAGCACCUCGCUCACCUCCUCACCACCCUCGCCACACCACCACCACCACCACCCUCACCAUGGAACCCCCCCAACCCCUCACCGCCCGCCGCCCCGCCGCCUCCUCCCUCCCAACCUUCCAACUCCCCCCCCCCGACUCCAAAUACCCCCCCUACACCUCCACCGCCCCAAACACGCAGCAAUCCAUCCUCACCCCCCCCGUCUCCGCCGCCGACGCCGCCGCAGCCGCCUCCAACGGCCUCCCCCCCUACGGUCAACAAAUGGGGUAUUGGCCGCCUGUUGCGGGGGCGGUGCCGUUUUAUGCUUUUAGUAAUCCGUCGGGGGGACAGGGACAGACGCAGAGUCCGGGGCAGCAGCAGGGGCAGGGACAUCAGGGGAACCAACAGCCGCCGAUUUAUAAUAGAGCGUUAUAUGCUCCCCAGCCACCACAGUCGAAUUACCCCCCCAGACCACAGAGUUCGGAUGAAUCGAUACCUCCGCACCAGCAGCAGCAGCAGCAACAAUACAGCAUGUCGCUCCCCUACCCCUCUUCCUCCUCUGCAUCCGACCAACAGCAGCAGCAGCAGCCCGUCCAACAACAACAUCAAGCGCCACAACACGAUGCCUACGGUCCCCGCCCGCCUCCAACACCAACCUACGCCUUCCCGCCGACAACCGCGCAUCCCUUCCCGUCUUAUACGCAGCCCUCCCCACCGCCUGCGAGGUUAUCACCUACCACCACCACUGGCGCGGGAGCAGGGGGGCCGUAUCGUCCGUUCCCAUACGCCCUACCCACGCUCUCAGGCGCGGUAAUGUCGAACGUCCACUCCCCCGGCUCGCAACUCUCGCUCCUCUCCGCCCCCCCAGGCCACGGAAUGUCGCAACAGCAGCAGCAUCACGGUAUGCAGGGCAGCUACCCUCUGUACGCGUCCCAUGGGGUUCCGCAUGGGGUGGGACACGGGGGGUUGCAGCAGUAUGGAGUUGGAGUUGGAGGGGGCAUGCAACUGGGCUUGGAUAGGCCGUUUAAGUGCGAUCAGUGCCCGCAGAGCUUUAAUCGGAAUCAUGAUCUUAAGAGGCAUAAGAGGAUUCAUUUGGCGGUUAAGCCGUAUCCGUGUGGGGAGUGUGAGAAGAGUUUUUCGAGGAAGGAUGCGCUGAAGAGACACGUCCUAGUAAAAGGCUGCGGCAAACCCGCCCGCCCAACAUCAACCUCUCACCACCAAUCCUCAUCCAUCUCCGCCCCCUCCACCCAGCGCCGCUACACCACCACCGACAUCAAAACCGAAGGAACCCUCAGCUCCGACGCCGAGAGCCCCGGUGGGAGGAGGGGUAGCGACGAAUGAUUUUUCUCAACCUCACCUAGGACGGAGAAGAUGGAGUGAGGGGAUAGGGUUGCUGUUGUGCGAGAGGCUGGAGUUAGUGGACUGUUUAAUAGUAUACCCCGAGGUGGAUGGGGGUGCGGAAGGGUGGAUCUGAUAUGAUACAAUUCGAUACGAGCCGGCCCAUUCAUCCAUUCCUUACGAUUCGGUUCAAAUCAUCAUCAGCAGCAGCAGCAGCACUCCAGUUCGCCCACCACCUAUACUUUCACCCCACACCAUCCACCAUGAUGUCAAUAUCCUACCCACAAAAAAACAGACAACUAUACCCCCGCCUCGCCCCCCGAGUCCCGACCUCCUGAUAAGAUAACACAUCAUCGAACCCUCCUCCUGAAGUCUUCGCGAUCGAGGCAGCAGGUGGGGGGUUGUACGUCUGUUAUCUUCUCAAGAAGAGUCGGCACUAGGGGGGAGGGAGGGGGGAGGGGAGUUGUACUAGUAUCGGCGUCUUUUAUACCCCAAGGUGGUGGAGUGGAUAGGGGUUGUGUGAUGGAGAUGAUAUGGUACGAUUCGGUUCAUGGAUUCAUUCACUUCAUCGCCGCCCCCGCAGCAGCAGCAGCGCUCCAGUUCGCCCUCCGCCUCCUAUAUCCACCCCACCCAAGAUGAAAUGUUUUCUCCCUCCGGGGGGGCUUCGCUCACACCCCGCCGCCGAGUUCCGAGGCCAUGCAGCCAGCCAUGACGAUAUUUACGGCGUUUCUGAGGCUUCUAUUUAUGUAGAGAAGGUUUGGGCGAGGUAUGUGUCGGCGUCGCUGGAUGGAUGGGGUUGGAGCUUGGGGGAGGAGGAUGGCGGUGGUGGAGAUGGCGUGCUGUGUUAUGUUGUGACGUGGUACUUGUGUGUUUGUGGAGUAUGAUCUGGUCGAGGUGUAUGGGCUUUGGGUGAUCUCUGAGUCGGUGGAUGAUGGCUCGCUCCUUGGACGUGUUUUGGGGAUCGGAGGGGAUGGCUGUUGUUAUUGAGGAUAGAUGGAUGGGCGGGUGGAUGGCUGUUGGAGGUCUAUUGCUGGGGAUCGGAUUCUGUGGAUGGAUUCUGUGGAUGGAUAGUCCUGCGUUUGGGGGCUUUUUUUUUGCGUGUGCAUUUUUAUUGUAUUGUUUGUGUUGGUUAUACCACUGUGUGCGCGGCGAUCGGUUGGUCGGGGGGGGGGUUAUAUAUGUACGGC